CACACCCACACCCGCACCCACACCCACACCCACACCCACACCCACACACCCACACCCACACCCACACCCACACCCAAAAGGCCUUCAUUAUAUAUAUGUGUUCGAAAUUUCAGUCUUCUGCGUUAAGCAGAAGUGUGAAAACUAUCAUUCACAAUUUAUCAUCAGUCAUUGCAGAACGCCCCGUAGCAUUGAAACAAUUCGCGAAGAGUUUUCAUCUCGUCUUCUUCGUUUCUUUCGAUUUCUCGAUGAUACUUUCAUCGUUCUUGUUUCAAAUGGCAUGUCAAUUAUAAAAUGAAUUAUAAAAUUUACUACGGAAUAUUAAUCCUAAUUUAAAAUAUACAUUUGAAGCAAGGAAAUCAAAUAUACAUUAUUAGGAUGCGAAGACUGUUAGUAAGCGUGAGAUCUAGAUGUGGUAUUUGGAUCUUCUCUUCAAUUACAAAAAACCGAUAAUCUGCCGAAAAUUUUGGAAAAUAAUGUUGAAACGCCAAAUAACUUAUCAUAUUUUAUCAAGAUCAAUGCAUCUUAUCUGCAAAAGGUGAACAGAACUAGCCCUGUGAACGAGUACUUAUUGUAUUCUGUUACCUAAAAAUUGAUAAAUUCGAAACUAAUGAAUGAAACAAAUACACUAUAACAACGUCUAUUGUUAUGUAUAUGCAAAGGAUGCUCAUCAGAAGUCAGAUUGUAUAUAAGUUGGAUAAUCAGACAAAAGUGAAAAAGUAAACUAUCGGCUGGAAUAAAUAUGCUCACUUCUAAUUAAAAAGAUGGUAGAGGUCGACACUAAUUGAAUUAAUCAGACCAUGUUUGACUCAAUUGGAUAAUUUUAUUCGCUUUUAAUCUGUGCAGUAGAUUACACUUUCUCAUUUUGUUAUUAUUAACAUGAUCAGUCAAGCAAAACUGUAUAACUAACGUAAUCAACACGCACAUAUCAAUACAUGUGACAAAAAAAAAACAAUAGCUAACUAUCAAAAAAGAACAAAGUUGCGUUUUACUAAAACAUCAACAACAGAAAUAAGAAUAUGAAUCCAGAAUAUUGGCACCUGUGUCAGGAAUACCCUCGUGAGUCGAACUUAGAAUAUUAAAAUAAGAAAUGCACUGUAUAAUGCAUUUUUUUUCUCAGCUCCAGGAGUAAUAAUCGAAACAGGUAAUAAUAGACCUAUUCGUCAUCAUUAUCGAUCUCACCAUCAUCAUCAUCAUAGUGGACAACCCGUUAAUAUAGCAUAUGGUGCUGAGAUAUUAACAAGUAAUACCGGUUUUCAAACCCGUGGAGCUGAUAUUGGCUAUGAGUUAUAUCAACAACAAUUGCCGAGCGGUGUAACAUAUUUACACCAAGGACAUGUAGUAUCGCCUCAAAUGAUGAUGAUGCCAACGUUUCAGGAGCAACCCGUCUAUGGACUAAUCAAUUUUGAAGAAACGUCGAAAGGCGUCCACAUUACAGGCCAUAUUGAUGGUUUAGAACCUGGAACUUCGCACGGGUUUCAUAUUCACGAGUUUGGUGAUGUGAGUUUGGGUUGCACAACUGCUGGGGCACAUUUUAAUCCGUUCAAACGUGCUCAUGGUGGUCCAAAUGAUAUUGAAAGACAUGUGGGCGAUUUGGGAAAUGUAACAGCAGAUGCCAAUGGCGUAGUUAAUCUCAACAUAAUCGAUCCAAUGGUUUCUCUUUACGGUGACCGUUCGAUUGUUGGACGUGCUAUUGUUAUUCAUGCGAUGCCUGAUGAUUUGGGUCGUGGAGGAAAUGAGGAGUCGUUGAAGACGGGAAAUGCAGGUGCGAGACUUGCUUGUGGUAUUAUCGGAUUUACAAAAUCGUAA